AUGGCUCUGGGUGAUAAAAAGGAAAAAUCCGUUUGCCUUGCAAAGCCCCUUUCGGGUGAUCUGGACAACAGGACAUCCGCCAUUGACCCGGCAUUACGCUCUUCAUCCUCGCAAGUUCGAGACAUUCCCGACUUCACGUCGCCUCAGGAAGGCGACGGGUCUUCUUCGAUGAAAUUUGAGCCUGCAGAGCCCUCCCAGGCCUACCAUACUACCAACACAACAGCUUCGCCUUCCAACUCCUUUCCUCCAAAUACCGAAUAUCCAGAGACCUCAACGGCUGAAUACGCCCCUUCGGCUACAGGUCUCUCUGCUUUGGCAUCUGCCGCCUCUGAUCAGACUUCAUAUCUACGGGCCUACGAUAACGCGGAUAACUCGAGCAAUAACCAUAAUGCUAGCCAGAGCGUGAACUAUGCGACCUCUGCUGCAACCGCGACUAACGGAGGACAAGGUAGCACUACGAGACCCUACAUCCAAUUUAUUAUGGCGACUGCGUUAGCUGACCAAAGUCAUAUUCAAUUGCAGUCCGUUUGCCAGAAUUGCGGAACUUCCAAGACUCCACUAUGGCGCCGUGAUGAGAUGGGCUCGGUGCUCUGUAACGCCUGCGGUCUCUUCCUCAAGCUUCACGGACGGCCCCGACCCAUGAACCUGAAGACGGACGUGAUAAAAAGCCGUAAUCGGGUCAAAACUUCAGGCCAGGGCCCAAAGAGAAAGGCCAAUACCGAUGCGAACAACCAUUCUGCCCCAAGAUCGGAUGGCACUACGCCAUACGGGUAUGCUCGUGCUUCAAGGAAGCUGUCACCUGGUCGUUCAGAUGGCUCAAACUCUCCCGUCUCACGGACGGAUACGCCCAACUAUCAUAGCUCAUCCAGUAUCCCUCCUCACAAUAUGUUUGACAACGUUGGCCUAUCCGAUCCCAACUUCAACCCAUCUGCAAACUUUGCCUCAUUACAGCUCCAACAUCCAUCCCCGGGGUCAACGUCUUCUAACGAACGCCAUCUGGACGCUCCCCCGACUUACGAAAGCUUGGCUGCUGCAAACACAUCUCUAAAAACUAGAGUCAAUGAGCUGGAACUGAUAAACGACCUCUUUCAGGACUCUGAAUCGCGUCUACGACAGUCCCUCAAAGAAGCACAGAAGCGAGAAGAGGAUCUAAAACGUAGGAUAAGCGAACUUCAGGGUCGCUUAUCUGAGCAAGAACAGGGCCAGUCGAAGGAUGAGCCCGCAGAACCUCAUGCUAAGAGAUGUCGACUUUCUGAUUCUUCAGAGAAGGUUGACCUUGACAGCAAACCUUCUGCAGACGUCUAG